CAUUUUUUAUUCUCUUUCUUUAAUUUGUUCCAAGAUAAUACAGUAAUGAAUUUGUCAGAUAUAUAGUAAUUAUUGGAUUUUGUUCUAUUAAACCGCAAAUUUGUACAUGUAAGUCUAUACAGUUACCGGCGUAAUACAAUUAAUUAUAUAAACAUAUUUUUCUAAAUAUCAUUAUUGAAAUAUCACAUUCGUUUACAGUAAAAAAAAUCAACAGACGUUAUCCAUAUUAAUCUGUGACUGGAACUGGAACAAUAUCAAAAAUGGGCAAAAGCACAUCGCUAAAGGAAUUGUUUUUAAUGUAUAAAAAAUGGGUUAUAAGUAAUCCCAGCGUGGUAACAGACGUAGAAACGGUGGCUACCUGGUCGUCUUAUUUCGUCGCUGGAAAGAUUAACAAGUCACCCAUAGUGUCAGAACUAGUGUAUUCUCUAUCUAAAUUGCUAUCGUUAUACAAUGACAAACUAAUCAGGGAAGCGUAUGGCAACGAAGUGCAGUAUUACGGCUUCCGAGAGCAGCUGAAAGUGUGGCUCACUAUAAUUCACUACACAGAGGUAUUUGUUGAGUUGGUUGCUAAGGACCGCUGUGCCACACGAGGAAAAUGGACAGUAGCUACUUUACUGCAGUUAUUCAAAUGUUCCUCUGCACUCAUACUCCUUUUCAGAUAUAAAGAGCUCCCUAUACAGCAUCCUCCGAUACCCUCUUUACAGAGAAAACAGUAUACUGAUGGUAAAGAUACAGAUGAGAAUUCCAAUGCAUUUUUCACUCUACGUAGAUCGGGUAGAGUGAUACGCAGGGUUGAUGGGGCACCACCAGUGGCUUUCAGAGAUUGGCAACCCAUUAAAGUUAAAGAUGACUCUACAACAUUGAAUAUUGAAGGCAAAGAUUUAUUGUAUGCUGAAUCAUUACAUAUAUUAAAGCCCCUGGUACAUCUCGCCACAAUGAGGUUAUUUGGUACUAGAGCAUGGAAACAAUGGUUAGUGGCACUGUGUAUUGAUAUAGCUAGUAUGAGGCUUUACAAUAGACAUAUGAAAGAGUUAUCAUAUGAACAAAGGCUAGAGAUUAGUCGUAGAAAGCUGGGCCUAGUACUAUACUUGCUAAGGAGUCCAAUGUAUAAUGGUUAUUCUAAGAAUGUCAUAGAAAAUGUUCUGAAAUCAGUAACAGAGAAGUUACCAUUUAUGUCAUUCAUAUGUUCACCAAUUAUUCAGUAUCUGAGCCAUUGGCAAGAUAUAUAUUUCUACAUGUGGGCCUCAUAAACUUUAGUAGAAAUGUUAAUUAUGUGUACACAACUUAAUUGCUCUUAAAUAUUUGUGUGGGGAGAUGGGGGUGGUAGUUUUAAGAAUGUUUUCCUAUUUAAUCAUUGGGCCUAUAUACAAUAACAUUAUUAGUAACUAUUUUAUUAAACUAGCUGUUUAUUACAAUGUUUCAUCUUUGAUAUUUGUUUGAAAGAAGCAUAUAUUGUCUCUACAAUGUUAUUGUCUAUAAGGUGGAGAUAUCGAGAAAUUGUUCAAUUGAUAUUAAUUGUUAUAUUUAAUCUAAGUGGGAUUAGUAAAAACCUUUUCGAAUACCAUAAUAAAUCGUGUUGAGAACUGUAACCUUUAGUCCACAGUAGAAAAAAUAUUGACAAGGUAUGGGUAGUUAAGCAAAGAAUUAGAUAUAGUACAAGAGAAAUUUACAAAAAUGGUGAUAAGAAUGAGCAGUUAUUUUUAAUUUAUUCUAAUAAAUAAGUGCUAGAUAGUUGAUAUUUAAAUUUGACACGGUUGUGAUAAUAAUGUCAUCAGGAGAAAUGGAUAAUAUUGCAGUUGUCACAGCUAAUUUGCAAGUUUAAUAGAACUUUACAUAUUUAAUCGACAAAAUCUGUUUAAUAUAUAGCCUUUUACAUACUGUUAUGACUUAUCCUGAUAUUUACUACUUUUGUUGUUAUGGUUUAAUAUGGUGUAUAUAAUAAUUAUAAUUAUUUAUUAUAUCUACACAUGCUAUUAUAGUUACGACAAAGCAUCUGUCUGUUUCUUAAGAAAAUAAUGAAAUAGUUGCAGAUUAUAUAUUGUCAGUAACCUCAUAUAAUUGCUAACCUAUAUAAUUAGUAAAAAGUAUAUACUUUUAUAUCUUUUAUACAUUCCACUUAUUAUUAUAUUGAUAUUUCAUCAUUUAUUAGCUGUUUGCAGUAUUGGUAAUAUUUUACAGAAGCAUUGUUUAUUUUCACAUAAGUAAUUUUAUGGUUACCUUCACAAAAUAGAUAUUAUGUUGUUAUGGGCAUGCAAUGUUGAGAAAUGUGGGAAAGUUUAAUAUUAAAAUAUGGAUAUAAUUGGGACCCGACAGGAAAUGUGUGAAAAAUAACAAAAAUAUAAACAUAUUAACUAGCUUAGCUAGUUAAUAGAAUUUAUUAAUAUGUAUGUCAAGAAGCUAUCAACUAAUUCACUGAUUAAUUCCUUUCAAGGAAUCUUAUCUCGACUGUACAUUGUUUUUGUGCCAACUGUAUGAAUGAAUAUAGAAGACUUAUUUCACAGAUCAUAAAUUCUUAAUAACCUCAGUCUGUUGGUUGAAUAUUAAACAUCAACAAAAUUUUCAUUUGGUGAUAUUAUAAACAUUGAUGAUAUUUUCUGUGAAAUAGGAUUUUUUUUUUAAUACAGUGUACUACAGUACAUUGUGUGUGUGUGUGAGGUGUGUGUGUCCUCUUAUUUUAAUGGACCCAUGCCUUGAGAAUGACGAAACAUAUUUUUUGUAUGAUUGUAUAAUGUACAUGGCCUUAAUAUUUUUAUACAUGUUAUAAUAGAUUGUAUAAGAGUGUACAAAUAUUAGGGCAUAUGUAAUUAAAUUUUGUAUUUUUUUAAUUUGUUAUAAUAUGGCAUUACAUAAAUCUUUACAUGUAAUAUAACUGGUGAAAUUAUGGAAUAGACCAGUAGAAUUGUGCAUUGUUUUUGGUAGUGGUAUGGUGGUGGUAGUGAGAUUGUGAUUGUAAAUGAUAUACGAGUCACGAUACAAUUACGAUAUUUGAUUGGUAAUAAUAAUGCUAAUACGAAUAUUUGAAGACCAUACAGCCUGUUCAUUGUGUUAAAAUAUUCAAAUUAUGUUUCAAUUGAUUGUAAUUUAAAUUUCUAAUUCCUUUACACUGGUUUAUUUUAUAUUCAGAUAUUACUAUACUAGCUAUAUACUUUAUAUAUGCAGAUAUCCAAAAAAAACAGUCCUGGGUCACUGUCAUUGUUAAAUUUGAACCAAAUUUCUUUUAGUAGCACAUUAGUAAUUUGAUGGUAGAGAAUUUUAUUGCAUGUCAUCCGUUCGACAAAAGAAAACUGUUUUUGACUAAUCCUUGCAGCGGAUAGGGCACACUGCCCCACCUUAGUUCUAUUCAAAUCUUAACCAGGAUGGGUAGUCUGCUGUUUGUGAAAUCACUAAUCAUUUCGAGCAUCUAAAAUGUGUUAUUUUAAUAAAAUUCAAAUAAAUACUGAUCGAACUAUAAUGAAAUGUGCUUAAUUUGUUAAUAUAGUGACAUUACAUCCUUUUUUAAUAUACAAAUAGUCUUUUUGAUAUGUUGUUUACUACAAAAUAAUAUGUUGUACACUGAAAAAUAAAAACAGAUUUAUUAUAUUGACUAUUUUAUUGACCUUAAUUAUAAACAAUGACACAUUUAAACACCGUCAUAGUUAUUAUUAACUGAUAGGAAUUUCAACAUGGCAUAAGAAACAGUUUCAAAUAUAUAACGUAAUUAGGUUAUCUUAGACAAAGUAUUUGUCUCAUCUCAAUUAGGUAUAACAUCUAUAUCUACUUAAAACGUCAGUAAUUUCUUUUUUUCAAAAUAACGCUACGAAGUAAUUUUUUAAUCUUGUUUUACUAUCAAUACAUUUACGUCAAAAAUAGUUAUUCAGUAAAAAAAAUAAUAAAAAAUAGCUUGAAUACAUAUAUUUCAAAUCACAUUUGGUACAGUCAACUUCAAGUAGUGGCGUUGCCGUCAAAAUAAUUAUGACAACUAACGAUAUCUCAAUAUGUACUUCACCUCAAAAGCAACUAAUAGUAUAAUUGCUUUGUAUACAUAAAGUCAUGUUUAACUUCAAUAAAAUAGCAUUUUAUUAUCGUUAUCGCACAAAGCGUUCAAUAUUAUCUAUCUCAACAACACUAUUCUACUUUUAAACAUGACCUUAGAAUUAAUCUUUCUUUUCAAUAUAA